AUGUUGCUACCUGGGUCUUUUGCUUCCCCUGGGUUCCAGUUCCGCACUGGGAAGACUACAGUGCAUAACAUUGUCAAGGAAACAAGUAAUGCCGUAUGGGAGGUAUUACAGCCACAGUAUAUGCCAGUACCUGAUCAUCAACAGUGGAAAGAGAUAGCAAGAGCAUUUUUCGAAAAAUGCAAUGUUCCAAACUGUAUCGGAAUAUUAAUGGCUAUUGCUGAUGCCAAGCGUUGUUUUACUCUGAUUGAUGUUAGGGCAUAUGGGCGAAAAAGUGACAGUGCAGUCUUUAGUAACUCUAGUAUGUGUAGGUCAUUUCUCUCUGGUCAUUUAGAUAUCCCACAGCCUAGUGAAAUACCUACUACUGAUAUCAAAAUACCAUUCCAUCUCAUAGUAGAUACAACUUUCCCUUUAAAGCCCAAUAUAAUGAGGCCAUAUCCUCGAAAGGACCUAGAUUACUCUAGAAAGGUAUUCAACUAUAGGAUGAGUAGAGCUAGGAGAAAUGUAGAAUGUGCUUUCGGAAUGCUAACUCAGAAAUUUGGUGUACUGAAAACAUCAAUGGAAACAAGCACUGAGGUAUCUGAAGCAAUAGCUAAAAGUAUCUGUGUGCUUCAUAAUUUCAUUCACCAUAAAUACAGCAUGAACUUUUGUGGUGAUAAUGAUGAUGCAAUUGAUGAUCACCAUCAAAACAUGAGCCUGUCACCAGCAAAAAGUACAAGGCCUACAGCAGAAGCCUUGUCCAUUCGCGACACUCUGAGAGAAUACUUUGUCUCACCUGGUGGGAGCUGUCGAGUGGCAGGACAGAAACAUCCACGGAUGCAUAUAUUCACCGCAGAAGAAAUGGCCAAACCAGUUUAUACCUUAUCAACUCUGUACAAUUACAUCAAGAUUACGGUGCACAAGAUCACUGGGAUCACAAAUAGCACGUCGUUCUCGCACUAA